AUGUUAUUACAUGGAACACUUGGAAAUAUUGGAAAUAUUUUAAAUUUUGUUUCUAUUACCUUUGAAGUUGAUAUAAAAAAUUUUGUAACUACAACUAAUGGAACAUAUAAUAAGACAUCUAUUAAAGAAGAUGUUGAUAGUUAUGUAUUUUCUACUUUUUCCUUAUCAUCAAUUUUGGGACAAUUAUUUAUUUGCCUAUUGUAUGGAAAACUUGUCAAUAGAUAUGGAUCAUCUUUUUUAUGGAUAAAUAUAAGACUAUACACAGUUAUAGUUGCAUUUUCACAAUUUCUCUUUGGUAUAAGUUGUUUUUUUAUUCUUCCACAAUUAGUUUUUCUUGCGGAAUGCCCAUCUUUUUAUGGAGGAGCAAGUGUUAUUCUUAACACAAAUACAGCUUACAUGUUUAUAAAUGUUAUCGUUACAACGUUAAUCUCAAAGUCAAGUUUAAUAAAUUAUCACAAUUGGCAUUAUAUUUUUAUUAUUGGAAUUUUCAUAUCUAUAAUUUAUUUGUUAUUAACACAUGAAGUAAAAGAAACACCAAAAUAUCUUUACUUUGUUGAUUCCAAUUUGGAAAAAAUAAAUGAAAGUUUACUUUUUUAUCGACAUAAAGAUACAAAUAUUGAUAAAGUAAUUAAUAGGUAUGAUAAAGAAAUUGAUAUGUACAAGAAAAAAGUUUUUAUGUCAAUUAGUAAAGUUUUUAAUACAAAAAGUUUAAGAAAAAGAAUUUUUCUUUUAUUUCUUGUUGAAAUUUCUCAAAUAAUAUCUGUCUAUACAAUUAUAAGUCCAUACUUAGAAAAAAUGUUAAAUUAUUUAAAUUUUCCACUGUUAUACACAUCAUCUAUAAUCUUUGGUCUUCAGCUAGGUGGUUUAGCUGCAUCAAUGAUCUCUGCAGUAGUUUCAGAAUUAUUUUCAAGAAAAAAAUUACUUAUAGCAUUUAUUAUAUUUUCUAGUAUAUCAUUUAAAUUUAUGUUUGUUGGUUUAAUAUAUCAAGAAAUUAACACUGUAAAUAUUAUUUCACAAAUAUUAUGUGUUUUUUCAAUUUACUUAAGUGCAAUAAUUUCAAAUAUUGGUCAUAUGUGUUUUACUCCUAUAUUAAUUAAUGAUAUGAUUCCAAUACAUGCUAAAUUUUCAACCAUUCAAAUAAUGACUAUAUUUUCAAGUAUGAUUCAAAUUUUCUUAAUUAUAUUUUUUGUACCACUUUAUAAUGUUCUUGGUAGUGUAACUUUUUUAAACUACAAUAUUUUUCCAACUAUUGCUAUGUUUUUAAUAAUUAAAUAUUUACCAAAUACGAAGAAUAAACAAGUUUAUGAAAUAUUUAAUGACUAUGAACAAUUAUAA